CUCCGGUAGAGAAGAGAAGAGCAGCGGUUAAGUGACAAUUCAUCGACCUGUCCAUAGAUUACUGCAGGUGUCACUUAAUUCAUCGCUUUGUUGCUCCUCUUUCAUUAUUUUUAAAACAGCCAAAUGAACAAAACACCGACUUUAAAUAACAACAGCUGAUACUCGAAAAAACAAAAAUGGCAGACGAGGGAAUAGACUACAAUAUCGUGUUUCCAGAUGCAGGGACGUCGGAGAAACACUGGCAGGGGACAAAGGAGCCAGUUGUGAUUCUGCUGGGCUGGGCUGGCUGCAAAGACAAACACCUCUCCAAAUACAGCUCCAUCUACAAUGAGCAGGGAUGUGUGACCAUUCGCUACACCGCUCCCUUGAAGACGGUCUUCAUCUCAGAGUCGUUUGGCUACAAGGAGCUGAGCAGUACGGCUCUGAAGCUGCUGGAGAUCCUGUAUGACUACGAGGUGGAGAACAGUCCUAUUUUCUUUCACAUAUUUAGUAACGGUGGCUUCAUGUUGUACCGUUACAUUGUCGAGUUAUUGCACAAUGACAAACAGUUCAGCUCACUGCGUGUGAUUGGGGCUGUGGUGGACAGUGCCCCUGGUAGUGGGAAUGUGCGUGGGGCCCUGCGUGCACUGAGGGCCACUCUGGGGCCCAAAAUAAGUCCCGUUUUAAGGUAUGUCCUCUUAGCUCUUUUUGCUGUGACUGUUUUCCUCUUGAGAAUCGUUCUGUACCCUUUGACCAAGUACGUCCACAAGAACCACUACGAUGCAGUCCAGGAGAGGCCGCCUGCCUGGCCUCAUUUCUUUCUGUAUUCCAGAGCCGACCAAGUGAUCAGACACAGAGACAUCGAGGUUUUUGUGGACACCCUGAAGCAGAAAGGCAUCCCUGUGGACAUUUUUGACUUUUUCUCCAGUCCCCACGUUGGCCAUUUCCGGGAUUUUCCUGAGCAGUAUUCCCUGAAGUGCCGUGAUUUUCUGGUAGCUUGUGUCAAGAACUUGGAUGGGACUGAGAUAAAAAGUAGACAGAGGAUUCAGACUCAAUGAAACUUGGAGAGGAAAUCAGUACAGUUUGUUGAUCCUCUAUAAAGCAGUCACAACCGUUGGAUUUUGAAAACCUGAGGAAAAUUUACCAGAUUUUUCUCAGUGGUCAGUUAGAAAAAUGAGGCAGAGAUUGAGUUGAGAUGGUUAAAAAUCUGUGUUUUUCUGUCCUGGUAUGAAUAUUUCACAGCAUUUACAGCCAUUUCCUCCACCUCAGGCUGAAGGAAGCUCAAAUGCUGUUAUAUUGUCCUGCAAUGUUACAGUUUAUAUUUGACUCGUUUUCCAUUGAUCAGAAACCAGGAAAGGGAGAAAACUGAGGAACACUGAGUCAUAUCUCAAAGUACAGUUACAUAUUUAGUUACCUAUUAGCCACCCUUAGACAAGAAACAUUAACAUUUAACCAAUUCCUAGCUGGCAUAACCUUUAGGGAAUAGCUGAAUGCAAACACCAACUGUUGUAUUAUUAUAGCCAGAAUAGGGCCUGAUGUUCCUCCAAAUUUCACUUUUCAUUGUGAUUUGCUGAUCAGCCAGGAGGUGGAGGUAUAAAUUGUUAGAUUUUCAUUUUUUUAUGUAAUGUGCAAACUUGAAACUCUGACAGUAUCCUCUAGAUUACAGCAUUGCAGCGCCCUCCAGGGUUUGUUGUGAGAAAAAUGGCUGCAAUGCUUAUGUAAUGAAUGGGAAGUUUCCUCAGAUGUGAAUGUGUACUGCAUUUUACUCCGGUCUGAAGAGCAGCUCUAUGAAACACACUUUUAAAGUGUGUCACAAAAGCCUGACCCUGCCUGUGUACAAAUAAUGAUACAACCUAUAACUAUACACUGGAGUAUAAAUCCUUUAGGAUUCAUUAAAUGGUAUUUAAUAUUGCUGUGAAAAUGUGAUGAAUUGUAGAUUAGUAGUAGUGAUUCUAAAUCUUGGGAUGGGUAUUGGAAUAAAAUAUAACCUCUAUCUUCUAUUUAUUGAAUUAGACGAUGUAUUAAUGGUUUUAAUCUCACAAUAUGUUAUUAAAGUUAGAUCACGAGGGGACUCAAAUGAAGGCAAUUGACUAAUUCCAUAAUAUGGUGUUCUUUUAAAACAAAAGGUCUAAAAAUAGUUGCCUUAUUCAGUAAACGCCUUUUUAUUUUUUCUUUUGGUCCAGAAAUUGUAGAAGAUUCAGCUGUUAUAUGUUAAACAUAACUGAUUUAGUUCAAGGAAGAAGGUUAUGACAAUGAAUGUAAAUGUAUAACACAGCUAUUGUGUUCUUUCUAACUGAUGUGCCUUCAAUAAACCAGAAUGCUCAUUGAA